UAUAUAACCAUUUCAUUAAUUGUGGUAUAUAUAUUAAAUUUAUAUAAAAAAUUUAAUUAUAAUAAAAAUAAUAAAAUAUAAAAAUUUUAAAAAAUAUAGAAAUAAAAAUACUAAAAUGCAUUAAACUUUACUGAUGUAUCUAUAAGUUUCAAAAAAGAAAAAGAGAAAAAGAGAUGAGUUGGAUUUCCAAAGAUUGAACAAUAUCUUAAGCAUUUAUAGAGCCGUUGGUCAUCACCGUAAAAUUACCCUUUUGUCAUCUUGCUUCUCGUUUGCCACACGCACACUUCUUUAUACCUGCUUUAAUUCAAAUUUCUGACACACACUCUCUCUCUCUCUGUUUCUCUGUAUCGUCUUUCAAAAAGCUUUCUCAAGUGUCAAAACACUUCACAAAAUAGUUUCUCUCAUGGAAUCAUCUAAAAUGGGUAUUUGUUUCUCCUACAAACACAACCUGCACCAGAAGCUAAUUGGUUAAGCGUGUUUCACAUUUCUUCCGCAAUCGUACACCAACGAGAUUGUUCAAAGAAAAACUCUCCAGCAUACUCACCUUGGUGUUCUUGAUAAAAUGCCAAGAUCGAGGGGUUCAGAAAUGCCUCAGAGGCUGGUGUCUCGAGGUUCACAUCCACUUAGGACAUCUAGCUCUGAUUCAGAUCCACUGCAUCACCGAUCAAUUACUGACAGAAGUCUCAAGCUGGGAGAUCGUCGCUCUCCACGUGGUUCCCAUCCUGACUCGCUAAAUCAAAAGAAACUCGGCACCCGUAUUGCAGAUUUAGAAUCUCAACUUGGUCAAGCACAAGAAGAGCUGAAGAUUCUGAAAGAUCAGCUGGCGUCUGCUGAAGCUGCAAAAAAGGAAGCUCAAAAAGAAUUGGAGAAGAAAGCAAACAAACCAACUUUUGUGGAGCGUGAGGAAAUUCAGGAGAAACAUCCUCCACAGCAUAUUCAGGAAGUCAGAAAGGUAGACAGCAAUGUUGCAGAUGAUGUAUCCGAUGACAACCAGCAGGAAGCUGAUGUUUUUGAGGUUCAAGUGGAGAAAGAGAGUGUUGAAGCCAAGGUUGAAAUUGACCAGGUUGAUGGAGACAAAUGCACAAGUCAAAUAGUAACUGAACCAGUUGCAAAUUCAGAGGCAGAAAAGCUGUUAUUCAAUGACUUGGCUUUAAAGGAUGAAGAAAUAAGCAAGAUUAAAGGUCAGUUAGAAGAGAAAGAAAACAAACUACAAGUGUUUGUUAAAGAGAAUCAAGAUUUGAAGAAUCUACUGUAUGAAGCAACUUCGAAAAUUUCAUCUGCAAGAGUGAAAGAAGAGGAAAAUUCCAUAAGGUUGAGCAAACUGGGAGAAGAGCUGGAAGAAAGCCAAGCAAAUGCAGCUCAGUUAAAGAGCGAGCUGGAGAAGCUUGAAGCUGCAGAGAGAGCUAAGGAAAUCUUGGAAGCAGAGAUAAAGAAGAUGAGAGUGCAGACGGAGCAGUGGAGAAAAGCAGCAGAUGCCGCAGCAGCCGUGCUUGCUGGGGCUGUGGAAAUGAAUGGCAGGAUAACUGAGAGGUGUGGCUCCAUGGACAAGCACUUUGGCGGGGUAUUCGAAACACCAGAUGUUCGAUACAGCACUGCUUUUGCAGGAUCACCUGGAAUGGCUGAUGAUUUGGAUGAUAGUUUUGGAAAUGCAAAAAGGAAGGGCUCUGGUAUUAAAAAGCUUGGAGACUUGUGGAGAAAGAAGGGCCAGAAAUAAGACAACUUUUGGUGAGAUUGAUGUUCAUUUCUCCUGUUUAUUUUGAUGGUAUUAAAAUGGUUGCUUACCAUUUCACUUGUCUGCACCUAUGUGCACUUCUGUUGAAGUUAAAAGAUGACAUAUACCUUCUUGGAAGGAAAUUGUCUCUGCAAUUUAGAAUGCUAACAUGUGGUUAAUCAUUAAUACUAGGCAAAGCACAUUACUUCGCCUCGCAGAAUUAUUCAGUUUUAUUCUAUUAACUUUUUGAA